UAUUCAUAAAAACAUUCUGUUGGGUUUUCUUUGGAUUUUUGCUGAUUUAUCAACGAGAUUAGGAAUUUAAUCUAGACUGGGAUUAUGGACUCGUUUAAAAGAACCAAUCAAAUGUUUUUACUUGGUGAACAAAUACGUGAUUUAAAAUACGCUUCUGGUGCAGAUCAGGUAAACAUUAGCACAGAAGGUGGUGUCCGUCGCACUUCCGGGAUGAGAGACGUCACGUCUCGCGCUCGUCACAUGCAGGUACAGGUGUGCAGCAGCCGAAGACAGAACGAGAUGAGAGUUCUAAACGAAAGAUUCGGUUAUUUACCAUAAUCUGUAUAAACCGCGUUGCGUUCAGGGAAGCUGGUUGUUAACGGUUCUGACCGGGAGACGAAGGUUCGUGCAGACGGACAUGGAGUCAGCAGAUGGUCAGCUGAGGCGGGACGGCGGCAGCCAGAGACGGUCUCCCAUUGACGUCAUUAUGAGUCAGAUCCGCAGGAAGCGUUCAGCCUCCGACAGGAAGCCACUAGGACGAUUCCUGUCUCGGACCUCAGAGCAGACGGGAAUCCCAGAGGACGCAGAGCCAGAGAACAGAGGACCGAGUCCAGCUGAGAGUGAGCGUGAUGUCGGCUGGGGUCGGGUCUGUGUUUUCCUGCAGAAGCUCGGAAAGAAUUCUGACAGCCGGAGUCUCAGUGUUGCUCACUGUGAUCUGACAGCUACAGACCUGCUGGAGCUUGCAUCGCUGCUCCCGUUCCUCCCCCAGCUGGAGGACGUGGACUUGUCCUGGAACGAGCUGAUUGGUGGAAGUCUAAGGGCGCUGACCUCUCACCUCCAGCUGGCGGGCGGGAUCCGGAUGCUGAGACUCUGCAGCUGCAGGCUGAAGGAUGAAGACAUCGCUGCUCUGGGUGAAGCUCUGGGUUGUCUUCCUCUCCUGGAGGUCCUGGACUUGUCCUGGAACAGCGGGGUUGGUGGCGGCGCGUUAGGCCUGCUGGGGAAACUCCAGCCAUCGCUGAAGGAGCUCCACCUGGUGGCGUGUCAGCUCACCGCAGCAGACGCCGCCUCUCUGGGAGGACUGGUAGCCGACCUUCCAAAGCUCAGCCUGCUGGACGUCUCCUAUAACCCUCAGCUCACACAGGAAGUGGACGCCGGGGGCUUCAGAGAGCUGUCCUCCUGCCUGUCCCACACGGUCUCUCUGACUGUUCUGCAGCUCCAGGCCUGUGGUCUGACGCCCCACAGCCUGGAGGAUCUGGGGAGUUUGCUCUGCUGCCUCCCCUCUGUGCGAGAGUUGGACCUGUCCUGUAACAAACAGCUGACUGGGGGACUGAACCGUCUCACCCCUCACCUGGCUCACGUCACACACCUGGAGAUCCUGGACCUGCACCUGUGCCGCCUGUCGCCGGCCGACCUGGAGGCUCUGAUCCAGGUGCUCCCCUCUCUGUCGGCGCUGAUGGAGCUCGAUGUGUCAUCCAAUCAGGAGGUGGGGGGCGUGGUCAGUCCGCUAGUCUCCGCCCUCCAGCUGUCGCAGAUGAGGCGGCUGCCGCUCAGCAGCUGCAGGCUGAAUGACGAGUCUUUCACUGCCCUGGCCCUGGCGGCGCCUUACCUGCGCAGUUUGGAUCUCUCCUGGAGCAAAGUGGUCGGUGGACGGUUGUUUCUGCUGCUGGACGCUCUUCAGCCGUCCGUCAUCGUGGAGCUCCGCCUCAGCAGCUGUGACCUCACCACCGAUGACCUGCGUCACCUUGCUGAGGUGAGCAAGCACGGUCGUCUGUCCUCCCUCCGGGUUUUGGACCUGUCCUACAACGGGACGGUCGGCGCCGAUGGCUGGACGGCCCUGUUCACAGCUGGAGGUCUGGGCUCACUGGAGGACGCCGACCUCAGCCUGCGACCUUCGACCUCUGCCCCCUGCUCGACCUGGUUGCCGGCGCUGCUCGGCGCUCUGCCCAGAAUGCCAGCGCUGGCCCGGCUGGCGCUGCGGCGCUGGACCGUCGCACCUCAGGAGAGACAGCGGCUGACGCACAGCACGAAGAACAGAAACGUCCAGCUGGAGUUGGAUCAGAACCUCACGGAGUCGGAGUGGAAGUCGACCAAUCAAGAGGAGGGUCGGCCUCCGGGACACAACCCCGUUUUUAUUUUUCACUGAUUUGUUAUAAAACCGAACGAGUUCCAGGAGUUUUAAUCCGGAUUGAAGGAGAUGUUAAAUAAUCUGUAAAGCCGUCAGGAGUCGAUGCUUUUCAUCAUAAAUAACUCGUAAUUCAUAAGUUUUCUGAUUUCAAACAAACAAAAUUAACUCAAAUCUAGAAAAUCUAUUUAAAAAACAUCAACUGUUCGUUUUAUUAGAGUUGUGUUUUAUUUUUAAUAACUGAUGAAUAAGUCGAGUUUACAUUCUUGUAAGGUAAUAAAUGUAUAUCUACUUAGUACUGAAACACUCGAUUGAUGCUUUUUUUUUAGAAAUUUAGCAAAUUUAGACUGACAUCCAACAGGAAAGGCCUUUCAAAAUAAAAGUAUUGUGCUUUCUGA